GGGGAUUCUGGCUCAAAUUGAAUCCGGGAAAAUAAUGUGAAAAGUGAAUGUGUGAAGAAAUGGAUACGGGAUUGUCACCUAUUGGAGAUUUAGACUCAAGUUCUGGAACAUCCGAAAGCACUAAUCCAACCACAGUUCAACAGAGUGUCAGUUAUCAAAAUCAGGGACUAUACCUCAAUUCAUCAGCUUCAGGAUACCGAAGCAAUAGCGUGAAAACUGUUUUCUUCUCGGAAAAGCUCCAGGCUUUCACAUCGGACAAAGAGUAUGAUCGGAAGUUAGUAGACAUUAAUUAUGGUGAAAUGAAAGUAUCCAGCGGAGAUUUAAGCUACUUCGAGACCUCUCAUCAUCAGAAAUCUUCACCCCCUUCAUCCCUGCAACCGUCCACAUACGAAAUGGGAUCAGCACAAUUAUCCAAGCCCCUCAUUGAUUCCAUGAUGCACGUUGAUCAGCAGCCACAGCAUCCCAAUCCGCCCCAAAUAUCUGAGAACAACAACACCUUCCUUGGCAUGGCGCCGAUGACAGUGAAUCCGGAGAUCAGUCGGAAGUGUCUCAGUUUCAGUGCCAGUCAGGUGCAGUGCUUAUGUGAGGCUCUGCAGCAGAAGGGGGACGUUGAGAAGCUGGCCACGUUCCUCUGGAGUCUGCCGCCGAGUGAAUUGCUGCGCACGAACGAGAGCGUCCUGAGGGCACGAGCCCUUGUGGCCUACCACCGAGGGCUGUUCCACGAGCUGUACUCCCUGCUGGAGUCGCACUGUUUCCCGCCCAAAUACCACAGUGAAUUGCAAAAUCUCUGGUAUAAGGCACACUACAAGGAGGCGGAAAAAGUUCGUGGGCGAUCACUUGGAGCUGUGGAUAAGUACAGACUACGCAAGAAGUAUCCCUUACCCAAGACAAUUUGGGAUGGUGAGGAGACGGUUUACUGCUUCAAGGAACGUAGCAGAAAUGCCCUUAAAGAUUGCUACACGAGAAACAGAUAUCCGACGCCGGACGAGAAGAAAACCUUGGCCAAGAAGACAGGACUAACCAUGACUCAAGUAUCUAAUUGGUUCAAGAACCGCCGACAACGAGAUAGAACGCCUCAAGCGAGAACUGAUAUGAUUAUGCCUGUGAUUCCCGUCACUCCAACGGUGGAUGCCAAUUUUGGGAGGCUCUUCAACUCCUCCAACUACAGCCAUACCUACCAGGAAGUCGUCUACAAUGGCCAGUGAGUGGCACUCCGCAGUGUACAUAAAUUGUGUUUAUGCUAAACUUCGUCUUAAUUACACUUUAAGUAAAUAAUAAUAAUUCUAUAGUGAAUAAUAAUAAUAAUAAUGUGCAAUUUCA